AUGCGUCCGGAGUUGAAAAACACCUGGACUCCUGCGAUCAAUGUCUUGACCUGGUUUAUGCUGGUGACGGCUAUUCUAAGUGUCUUGACACGUCUAGGGACGAAGUACUUCAUUUUUCGGAAGUGGACAUUUGACGAUGGCCUCGCUACUGCUUCGCUGGUGCUCUGUAUUGCGCAGUCCAUUGUGGUCUCGGUAGCGACGGCGCAUGGACUGGGACAGCACCGUGAUAUGCUGUCAGAUCACUCACUUGAAACCAUGAUGAAGGCUGAAUACGCGGCGACCAUUCUAUUCAUUGUCAGCAUUUGCUGCUCGAAACUAUCGCUCUUGGUCUUCAUUCGCAACUUGACACCCGCGUCCUUGGAUCGCCGUUUUGCACUCGUGCUGGGAAUAUUGAUCGGAUUGUGGACUGUUGUUAGCAUUUUCACGGCCGCCUUCCAAUGCGGUGUACCAGAGACAUGGAAUUAUCUAUACGGGAGUUGUUUCCACCGGGCUGCGUGGUGGAAUUACCUCGGCAUCACGAAUAUAUUGACGGAGGCCGGGAUAAUGGGUCAAGCGCUGCUAGUUAUCGUUCGUAUCCAGACCGAUUUCAGCAGAAAGGCUAGUUUGUCUAGUGUAUUCUUGAUCCGAGUUAUUGUAAUUAUCGCGAUUAUUUGCCAACUUGCUUACGCCAGUCAAAAGAAUUCCACCGAUUCUACUUUUGAUGGCUGGGCCGUCGCAAUUUCAACGCAAGUGGCUCAAACCUUAAGCAUUGUCACUGCCUGUUCUCCCCAAUUCAAGCCUUUCUUGGAUAACCUUCGGUCAUCGGGAAUGGGGUUGGGAAUGACGAGCUCCAACUAUGCCAGCAAACAUAGGACAUAUGCUAUGAGCACGUACAAGCACUCCCGUCGCACCCAAGGCACCCAGGGAAGUGAAACUCACGAGCUAGUCUCAAUGCCCCAAGGGACCCAGACUGUGGUGACUGCUCGGGACGACGACAAUGAAAGCCAGUCCAGUCGAUCUAACAUAAUUAUGGAGACGCGGACCUGGACCGUGACUGGAGAGUUACAAAAUUGA